UUAUUUCAUAGAUAUAAAAAUAAUUACUAAUUAUAUUGAGAUUUUAUAAUAAGCAGAAAACUCUUGACUGGUAAAAGAAGUAAAUAAAUCUCUUCUACUAUAUAUGCGCUUGAUAUAUGUGACAAAGACCCACAAAGAAUAAAAACACAGAGCACUCAGCGGAAGAAAACUCAUUAAAUCUCCGGCGUAUUCUAUGGCGGAGGAGAAUCAAGAAGACACCGUAGAACUGAAACCAAGAAGGAAACCACCACACUUUGUGCUGAUACACGGCAUGAGCUUAGGAUCAUGGUGCUGGUACAAAAUCAAAUGUCUCAUGGAAGUCUCUGGCUACACCGUUACUUGCAUCGACCUCAAGUCCUCUGGCAUCGAUCCUUCCUCUGCCGAUAGUCUAACUUCUUUUGACCAAUACAACCAACCACUCAUCGACUUCCUCUCCUCCUUACCAGAACAAGAACAGGUGAUACUUGUAGGUCAUAGUGCAGGAGGGCUAAGCUUAACGAGCUCGAUACAGAGAUUCCCUAAGAAGAUCUGCCUGGCUGUUUAUAUCGCAGCCACAAUGCUCAAAUUCGGGUUUCAGACCGAUGAAGAUUUAAAAGAUGGAGUGCCUGACCUGUCAGAACAUGGUGAUGUCUAUGAGCUCGGUUUCGGUUUAGGACCUGAGAAUCCUCCUACCAGUGCCCUUAUCAAACCGGAGUUCAGACGAAAGCUCCUUUACCACAUGAGUCCUCAACAGGAAUGUGCGUUGGCUGCGUUAAUGAUGAGACCAGCUCCGCUUCUGGCGCUCACAACUGCAAAAACGGAAGAGGAAAAGGGACAAGAAGAGGAGGAGGAGGAGCAGGUGCCGCGCGUGUACAUCAAGACAUUGCACGACAGGGUGAUGAAACCGGAGCAGCAGGAAGCGAUGAUGAAACGGUGGCCACCGAGCCAAGCUUACGAAGUGGACAGUGACCAUUCACCUUUCUUCUCUAACCCAUUUGUUCUCUGCGGUUUACUCGUCAAAGCUACUGUUUCCGCGGGGUCAGUAUAAACACAAAGGAUAAGAGGAUUGUGUGUAUGCGUGUGUGUAUUAUUUUGUUGUUGAUUUGAUUGAAAACCAGGUUAAUGGAAACAAAAACUGUUUAAUUUAUUACUAUUAGUUUA